GAGGAGAAAAAAAAAAAAAAAAAAAAAAAAGAAGCCAGAGCCAAAAGAGUCGCUCUGCAAUUUAUUCCAAUGGGUGGCUUUUAAGAAGCUGGCAAUUUGAGACGGCUGGGUGUUAUUUAGUGCAAUAUGAAAUCAAAUGAUCCUAUUUCUCAAAUAACAGUGUCUGGGAGGAGAAGUGAAUGCUCUGAAAAGAGCCGUGGUUUGCUGGCCGUGCCCGGGGCGGGCCCCGUCCCCGCCGGCCGCGGAGGAGCCGCCGCGCCGGAGCCGAGGGUCUGGUACUCUCCCAAGGGAAACAGGGCACCCUCCGGGCCACCAUCCUGCGCCCAGAGAGCAGCAGCAGCAGCGAGUGCUGAGAUCAAGAAGGAUGGAGCUGCUUGGCCAAGCCGUGGUUGCGCUGCCAGCCUUGCUCGUUGGAGAUGGGGAACGGACGGCGGACGGGGAGCUGGCAGUGACGUGGCCAUGAAGCUGCUGUCCAGAAGGAGAAUCCUGGUAAAAAAAGUGGCAUGGUCUUGGCUUGGUGCAAAGGACCACGCUUUGAAGGCGAGGGACACGGAAACUCAACACCGUCAAUCUCCUCUUUCCUCUCCAGACAACAGCAGACACUUACAUGGAGACUGGUUAAUUCCUCCUGUCUACAUCUCAGAAACAGAAGUGACCUUGAAUUAUUGGGAAAGCAGAGAGGCCCGAAAUCUCCUCGACAUCCUCUCCAGAUCCUUGGCCUUGGAAAAGCCCAAGUCAGGUCAUACCUGAUCCCUUCUGGUCUUGGAGCCUCAUACGCCGCGUAGGAAACUCGAAAAGCACUUUGAGAUGGUGGGAGAGGAGGGAUACUUCCUAGCAAACGGUCUCUAAACUGGUCCCCUCCCUGUGCCAUGGCAUUUCUGUGGCUCAUUAACAACGUGGAGCUGUAAACAGUGACAUGUGCUUGUAUCUAAAUUCUCCAGGAUUAAUUCAGAACUCAUUGACAAUGACAUUACUAGAGACUUUUCAAUUAUGUCAACAGGCUUUGGAUAAGGCCCUUACAUUCUUAAUAAACAUUAUAUAGUUUUAAAUGCUGUAGACUUGUUCUUAAGUUUUUUAUUUAAUCAGCCUUUAUCUUUGGCUUCUGUGCUAACAAGUUCUUGUUGGAGGAACUCAUUUCACCUGUCCUGUCGACAGCAAAAACUGCCUUCUUCAGUAUGACAAUGUAUUUUCUAUUUAUGCAUCAGAAACGAGUAAUAAUAGGCUUCAAGGAACUGUAACAUUUAAUAAAAGCAUUUUAUUACAUUUAAAUUUAUUAAAAUUUAAACAUUAAAUUCAACAUGUUAAUUACUGUUUCCAUGCAUUGACACUGACAGUCAGAAAUGGGUCCACACAACUGCUCUGCUGAGAUAUGUUCACUGGUGUUAUUUGCUCUUUGAUUACUAAUGUAUUAUUAGUGCUCUUCAUUUGGGACUUGAUUCAUUAACAAAAAGACUUAUAUGGGCAUUAUGUAAAUUUUUUGUAUGUCUUUUGCAUAGCUACCAGGGCAUGUAUUAUGAAUGUAAUUGAAAAGGAAAAAAAAAAAGACAAGAAAAUGUAUUCUGUUCUGUCCUGACUUGUGGGCAAGCUAAAAUGUACAGUCGCUCUCAGAAGUCAGAUAAGCACAGAGAGGAAAAACCUCUUUUCGUUACAUCACAGUCUGUGUUUCUGCAAAUCCCUUUCCAGAGAAACGACGCACACAGGCCAGCCUGCUGUGUUUUGCCAGAAACAGCAAAAUGGUGGCAGUGAAAUGUUCAGGCCCCUUCACAGAUCUCAUCUGCGUGCCUGCUGUAGACAUCGGUGCUUGCAGCUAAUCACCCCUUUCGGUUUUAAUCAAUGAUUUCUCUUUAAUGCUUUUGCAGUCUUGAUUUGGUUUAUUGUAAUCCAGAUGUCAUCGAGCACUAGUUGUAUAUCUCACGUUAGGUGAAACUUAGCUAAAAUCAGAGAGGGCCCUUAAUGCAGCAGUGUGGGUGGGGGGGUUAUGCAGAGGCUAGUGGGGGAGGCUUUGUCCUGAGAUACCCUACAUGAGGACACCAACAAUUUCUGCACUCUGUAAAGAGUUUCCCAUCUUUCUGGGACUGCAUGGAUGUGGGUCCAGGCUGGAGCAGCCCCUUUGCAGCGCCUCAGAAUCCUCCAGGCUCUGGCCUGGGGAAGGUGCCCCGCCAACGGCUGCGGACGUGCUGCAGGGCCCAGCCCUGUGGUGCCUGUCAGUGGUGGGAUGUGGGGUGACACCAGGGCCCCCCAGCCACAGGCUGUCUCUGGUGGCAUGCGUUGUCAGUCCCUCGCCCCCUUUUUUUCCCCUACAAUUUUUUUUUUUUUUUUUUUUUUUUACUUUCUUCUCUUUCUCCCAUCCUUUUUUUCUCCCACAGGUGAGCACCCUGCGGCCAGAGACUCAUCACAAUGAUAUGAAUUCUGCACCUUCCAGGAUACUGUUACACCUCCAGAGGAAAGCAGAGUGCUCAAAGCACACGUGGUUUCCUCCCUAAAUUAAAAAGAGUGUGUAAAGCUGUUAAAA